AUCUGAUAUCAUGUUUGUGUUUUAGGCAACCAAAUGACCAAGUUAUAAACUCUAGUUGUUCUAUUACAUUUGAUUAAAUUGGUAAAUUGGUUUUGCACAGGUUGUUAAAUUGUUUCUGUUACAUUUGAUUAAAUUGGGGGUCGAGAUUCUCCACUAUAAUUUUUUUUGCCUUAAUUAAGAAGUUCAAGCCCCACCAAGGUUGUAAUCCUGGAUCCGCCACUGCCACUGGUAGCAACAGAUGUAUCUGUAACUAGGUUCCGAAGGAUGUGGCUAUUGUAUUUUUGUUAUAUGUUACAAUCUUGCUGAUGCCUUGAUUUUAAUAUGAUUCUGCUUGAUUGACAGGUAGUCAAGAUUCAACUUUAAUUGCUGUGCAGCACAUUUGGACUCAUAACUGCACACUCGCACAAUCUUUGCCUAGAGAUCAGGGCAUUUGGUGGAAUUGGUGAACUACACUUGCUGCAGGAUAAAUUUUGGGACAAAGAGCUUGUGAUCUAACUGUGUGAACAAAGAGUGGAGGAGAAGGGAGGGAGUUCCUCAUCCAGAGUAGCAGUGAGGACGCCUGAGGACGCCUGGGUAUGUUAUAGAAAGGGUGAAAAAGAAAAGACACAGAAUAGAAAAAAGAAGAAGAUUGAAAGUCUUUUAUAAACCCAGUGGGACUUGCAAAAGAUUAUUCCUUGGAUAUGGACCGCAAUGAAAUAAUAGCUGUGGUUGAGGAAGACAGUAAGGAUCGGGUUAAUAAAAUUCCGGAUUGCAUUCUGUCAUACAUACUUUCUAGUUUAAGAAUAAAAGAUGCAGUGGAUACCUGCUUGAUAUCCCGGGGAUGGAGGGACCUUUGGAAGGGUCCAAGGCCCAAUCUGGAAUUUGACAUUCCAAACAUUUUUGGAAGCAAGUAUGCCAGGCUCAUUGAGAAACAUGAAGAAAAGGAUAGACUUCCUUUUUUGGUUGAUAGAUUCGACAGACAAUGCUUUGUAAGACGUGUGAAUAAACUUUUGGAGCUCUACUCUGGAAACAAGGUAGAGUCUCUCAGAGUGGCAUUCUUUUUUGAUGUAGAAUCUACGGCCAUACUUGAUAAGUGGAUUCGUUUUGCAAUUGCGAAGGGAGCUAAAGUUCUCGACCUUCACUUAUUGAAUAGCACACAUUGGGACUAUGCAGAAUUUUACGUUUUUCCCCACUGGAUCUUUUCAGAGUUGAAUAAUGCAGCAGCCCUAAAGCAUUUGUCACUGCACAGAUGUGUUCUAAAACCGCCUACUGAUUUUAACAGAUUGGCUCAGCUAACAGCUCUUUGUCUAAACAAGGUCUUCGUUGAUCCAGGAUUUUUGGAACAUCUGUUCUCGAUUUGUGUGCUCCUUGAAGGCUUGACGUUGAUAAAAUGCAGGGUGCGACUCUCAAAUCUGAUUAUUGGUCCAUCGUGUCAUCUCAGGGAUCUGAAGGUGCUCGAGUGCGAUGAAUUACUGAAAAUAGAAAUUGACGCAGUAAAUCUUUCCUUCUUUGAAUAUGAUGGAAUUAUUUUUGACAUUUCUUGCAUGAAAACUCCACAGCUUGUAAGAUUCUUUUUUAGGGGAUUUAGUGGUAUCCAUGGAUUACCUUAUGCGUUCACCCUACUCGCCUUGUGUCCUUCCCUUGAGACUCUUCAUCUGCAGUCGUUUACUGAACUGGAAAAUAUACCAGAAACACUUCCAACAUUUUCAAAGCUCAAGCAUGUGAGCUUGGAUCUCUUUAAUUCAGAUUUUGACCUUGGGAGUGUAGUGAGUUUUCUCAAGGCUGCACCUCUUUUGGAAGAACUCGUACUAACGACACGAGCUUAUAGCUAUCAAGGAGAGAUCGGGAAUCUUUCCGGAUUCUCACAUAAUCAUUUAAGAAAAGUGAAAAUGCAGGGGUUCCAAGGCAAGCGGCUAGAGAUAGAGUUGGCCAUUUGCAUUCUUAAAUUUGCAACAAAGCUUGAGGUAAUGGUGAUAGAUACACUAGGAAAACACUACCACGGCUGUGGAAGGUGGACCAAUUACGAUUGUUCUUAUUAUCAGGAGGGGAAUGAGGACGAGAAUGAGGAUGUGGACUCUGAGGAAGGGAGAGAGGAUGAGAACAAGAACGAAGAAGGGACACAGCAUGAAAACGAGGAGGACAAUGAGGUUGAGGAAGGGAGUGAGCAUGAGAACAAGAACGAGGAUGAGAAUGAGGAUGACGAUGAAGGGGUGGAGGCUCGGGAAUUAAGCAAGGAUGAAGACGAGGACAAAGAUGAAGACAAGCCUUGGAUUUUCCAUUGGGAAAGAAGAGGUAGGGCAGUUGUCCAACAAAAGCUGAAAGAAGUAAAGACUGAUGCUCAAGUCAUCAUCCUAUAA